AUGGCUCAGCCAUUGGCAGUUGAGAAGGCAGCUGGUCUUCCCAGCCUUUGGGGAUCUGAAGAGUCAGCACUCAAGCCUUUUAGCCUGGGAUAUUUGAAAGGACGUGCUCGACUUACCAGUCUCUUCGCUCUUCUUUUGUCAGUCUUUGAAGAAGAGGUCUCCUUGGAUGACUUGAAAAGCUUCUGCCCGAAGUUAUUCGAUUCCGUCUCAGUCAUUUGGGUUCAGCAUAUGCGGCAAAACAGCAAGGAAGAUGAGGUCUUGUGCAACCUGAAGUUGAGCACGAGAGGAUCCCUUAGAAAGGCAGCCAACCUCAUCCAAAUUGCCUUCAUGGUCAGACGUCUGUUGGCUUCAGGAGGCACCGACUACACUACUUUCCUGCGAAAGUACAACCAGCAGUCUGUUGCGGCUCACCAACUUCGCGGUCGCAAGCAAACUGCACUGAAGCUCCUCUUCGAAAGCGCUCCCAAGGACGUGCUGGAUGAGAUCCUCAACCAUGUUGGAACUCUUGGAUGGGAGAAUUGUGCUUGGACUGAGGAGAAUUUGGCUUCAAAACGUCUCUUCCCAGGACACGUUUUCCCAGCCAAGAACAGGAAGUGGCAACAGAGAUUGAGAGUCAGCGACAGGUCCUUGAGAAUUAUGGUUCUCAGGAUUCAUUGGGAGCAGGAGCACCAGUCUUGUGAGAAGUGCAGCCAGAAGAAGCCGGAUGACAGAGCUUGUGAGCUACUGGCUGAAAAAGCAGCUUGCCUCGUUUCCUUAGCAGAUGAGUUUUGCUCUGAGCAUCCCAUCACCAUGGAGACAGUCCAGAAGAAGAUACUGGAUGAGUGGUCCUCUGGAUGCAAGCGCAUUGACAUGGAGCUGGCCGCGCAGUUACUGGAGAAGUCCGAAUCCUUUGCCAUUGCGACCCACAUGCCUUGUUUCAAGGCUUUGCUGGAGGAAUCUCUUUUUCGUGCGCCGGUGUCUUCUUCCCAAGAGGUGGAAAUGCGAGACAAGCUGAAGAGAGAUGAGUUCGACCAUGUUGUGAAGAAAAUGGACUAUGACAUCAAGGUCUUCGAAAUUUGGCAAUCGAAGGUCGCAUCAGUGGCAAUGGCUCGAGUCAACAAGGGAAGUGAUAGCAUCGUUCCACAGGUCCUCUCAUUUCGCAUGGAAAUUUUGAGAAAGCUACGCAACCAAAACACAGCUGGUGCAGCUGCAGAUGUUCCUACCUUGGUCCUCAUGAAUUGGACCGCACCCUGUCUGUUUCCAGCUGGACGGCAGAAUGAUCACAUCAACUGCCUUGCGUGGGCGUUGCACGACAAUACCAACUCGGCUGCAAUCAUUUUCGCACCUACCUUUUCGUACCAGAAAGGAAAAACAUUCCUGGAGGAAAAUGCGUGCAUGCAGCUGCUGGCACAAGGAGGGCACAACUUGGACCAUCAGUUCAGCGUCUUAUUUUCUGACAGAUGCGAUCAGAGAGACAGCCGACCUCUGCUUUACCCUGCUCGUUGGGCCUUCCCAGGUCAUGUGGUUGACCUUGGAAAGACAAAUGCCUUCUUUCAGUCGGAGCUUCGCAAGGCUGGGCGAACUGAUCCUUGCAAGCAAAUGGCCGCCAAGGACUUGAAGGAAAUGGAAGACAUGGCUGAUGACAGCCUCCCAAGCACAACUUCAAGCAAUCACAUCUCUGGAGCAGCCAAGCAUUGUCAGUUUGGCCGUCCUGCUGCAGAAGAGGUCUUUCGCAAGGCCUUCAACCAAGUUGACCUGGAGAAAUUUCCAGCUGUGCUGAUCGUGGACCUCUUCCCCCGAGUUGGUGAUUUUGCAGGUGCUUUUUGCCGCCUCCGGACCCAAUUGAAUGCUGGGACCAGCUUGUUCUACAUUGGUGUCGGAGAGAAGGCCAAAGAAUUGGAAUGGCUUCGCGCGACUUUGCUCGAAGAGUUGGUGGAGAAAGUGAAGCUGGAAGGCUUUCAAAUUCCUGGUGCUCAGCCAUUUCAGAAAGAAGUCAACCCAGACCUCCUGGAUGCACUUCCCGCAAUUCCAAUUACCAAUCUUCUUGUUGUGAAAGGUGAAGGUGAAGAUCGAAGUCUGGUGCUGCCAAAGCACUUGAUGCUGAAGUGGCGUUCUGAUGAAGAUUUCGGCGAUGAAUUUUCCAAGUGGCUUGACGCAUUUUUGGAAAAGUAUUCAGUGAGUGAAGAUGCAGACAAUUCUUCACCCAACAACAAGAGACAAAACAGUGAAGAAAAAACAUCGGAGGCUGAACCGAGCCCAAAAAGGUGUCGAGUGGAGGAAGUGCCUGCAGAAUGCUUGCUUCCUUGUGACAAAAUUGCAGAGACGCUUCUAUUUGAGACGAAGCUUGGAGGAAAAGAUACCAUUGGAUUCCAGAUCCGCACCAACCACCAGCUCUAUUUGGUCAACCAGACCUCCCAUGAGCUCAGUCUCAAAGCAAUGUCGCCUUUGGUUGGAUUUGGCAGGGGAUCGUUCAAGUUGUUCAAGGAAGGUGACACACUACCUGAGAAAGCUUUGCUUUUUCACAUUGCUUCCUCAGAUGCCUUGGUUUGCCUCAACGGUGCUGUGCAGACAAUUUCAGAAGUGCUAUUCAACCAAAGAAAAAUCAAGCCUGAGGCUACUGUCUGCUACCACAAGGCUACACCUUCUGGGCAAAAAACUGAUGGCCAGACAUUGUUUGACUUCAAGUUGACCCACAAAAUUUGCUUUGUGCCGCCGACGAAACGAGAUGGAGCAGAUGAAGGAGCAGAAAAACCCGGCAAAGAAGAGACUAUAUCCUUCACCAACAUCGCCUCACGCGAAACAGCUGGUACUUUUUGUGAUUUGCAAUGCGCAAGUCUGAUUUGGCAUGUGCGCUGGACAGUCAAGGGGCUGCAGCCGCUGAAGCCCAUGAUCCAUUUAACCAAAAAGCUUUGCCUUGCUGCAGGUCAGUGCUGCAAACUCAAUAAGCAAUGA